AUCUGUUUGUAGUGAGAAUUUCACUCCUGUCUCAGAUCAUACAUCGCCCAAUUCUUCACGUAUUUAAUCUCGUGUUUCUAUUAGAACUAUUAUAAUCUAUGUAGUUAUUAAACAUUUACACUUAUCAAGUAAACAUAACCUACUUUCAGUUUCGGAGGUUCCUCCAGUGUCUCUCUAUGACUCAUGAGGGCACCACAGUCCAGCCCAUCACGCGUAGGUAUAAAGAUACUCGACUGCAGUCCACGCACUCGGUCGUGGUUGUACUCCGCUGUGGUGUUUAUAAAGACGUUUAGAGUUACUGGUGUCAUUCCAGCUGAAAGUGGAUGGAGACUCAGAUAUCAGCGUUUUUUUAGUGGUUUGGGUUUGUCUUUUCAUUGGAGUUGUGGCAGAUGAAAACACUGACGAAUUCUGCAUAAUGUUUCUUCGUGAUUAUGGAAUUCUGUCUACGGACGUCUUUAACUAUUCCCUCCAGAAAUGUUUUGUGAGAUUAGAGGCAGAAUGUGUCUUCAUCCACGUGCUCUAUAUUGUAUAUCUACAAAUAAAAGCCAAACCCUAGGAAGGGGGAAAUGUAGCCACUCAAAGCACCCCAUCUCUUCCUAGGCCUGAUGACAGAUGUGUGGGUGAGGGAGAGGUGGAUAUUUGAUAUGAGGACAGACUUGCUCCACUAUUCCAUGCGUUUUACAUUAUUUCUGUAUCUGCUGAUCAUGUUGACAAGACAGAGACAGAUCAAGUGUCAAUCAGUAUGCAGCCCAGAGAGUGUGAGCUUGGUGCAAUGGAUCGCAAAGGAGCUGGACAAAGUGAAUUGUGAUACCAUGUUGUACACACCAACUCUAGAAGAUCAUAAGCAGAAUUGCUCCAGGUCUACACUUAUGUGCUUUGCAUUGGAAGUGAAUGUUUUGACUGUUGAAAUCCAGAUCGCGAACAAAUCUCAGUCUGUGAAACUACUAAGGAUCCUCGACAAGCUGAAGCAUAAGGACAACAUGGAUCCAUGUCCAGUCUGCGAGCUCUAUCGAGAAGAAAGUGCAGAGACUUUUUUGGGAAGCUUACUAAAUGUUUUACAUUGGAUGAAUACUAACAGAACCUGUGCUCCAAGGAUUAAGAGACAUUUAGAGAAUGUUACGAAAAGAAAACAUUAAAAAUAUGAUCUGAUGGAGCAGAUUUAUGUAUUCCUAACAUCGUUCUGAAGACAUUUCUGAGAGACAAAACAGACACCAUAUGCUAAGCUACACCAGUAUGUACCCAUCUGUAUAUGAACAUGCAAAGAUAUAUUUUGUUAAAUAAAUGACUUUUAUGGAAUAUUUGUUACAAUAGUCUGUUUUAACGACAAACUAAACCCAUGACCACUUUCUGUUGAUCAUUUACUCCCCUAUAACUUAUAGCUGUGUAGACUGGUUUGAGAAUUACUGUAUUCAGCUGAACAAAAUAAUUAAUGUCACCUUGACUAUAUGUCCUAUCUGAACUAAACAAAGGAACCAAAGGCAUGAGCCUGACCCAUAAAAUGUGAUAAGACAAGUUCAUUGACUGAAUUUUGGCCUUAUGUUACAUGCCAUGUUGAGUUAUUAAAUUGCCAAUGUAAGUGUUACACAUUAUUGGCCAUUUAAUGACUUUUCCAAUAUUGGCAAAUAAGGUUCCUAUGUUAUACUCUCCUGCUGCUCUGUAAUUUUGAAAAGGAAAAGGGACUGAUAAGAAAGAAUAAUCCAAUGCACUUUGUGGAAGAUCAUCCAAAACCAGUUGCUCUAACAUGUCCUGGGAUAUGGUAGGGGUUUACCUUGAUGAUUAUCAGUCUCUUCAAAUGUCUUGACAUGUUUUAUUUAAGACACCAACAUCUGAGGUAUGUUUUUUAUGACCAUUUUAAAAAUGUUAAAAAAGAAAUGUAAAUGUUAAACUGCUUUUCUUUGACAAAGCACAAAACAAGUUUGUAACAACUUUGCAAAUUAAUUAGAAAACUGAAAUGAUUUCAUUGCAUAAGUAUUCAAACCCUUUUCUGGGACACUUGAAAUUUAGCUCAGGAGCACUCAUAUUGUGUGUAGAUGAUACUAACCUUAGAGUGGAGUUAAACUGUGGCAAAUUCAUUUGAAUGAGUAUGAUUUGGAAAGGCACACACUUCUCAGAAAAGAUUUAACAGCUGAAAAUGCAUAUCAAAGCAAAAACCAAGCCCUGUGGUCAAAAGAACUGCCUGUAGAGCUCAGAGACAGGCAGUCAAUGCACAGAUCUGUGGAAGAGUUCAGAAAAAAUUAGGCUGUGUUGAAGGUUUACAGAAGCAUGUAGCCUCUGUUAUCCAUAAUGAAAGAUGCUUGGAACAACAAGGACUCUUCCUAGAGCUGGUCUCCUGGCCAAACUGAGCAAAUGAUGGAGAAGGGGCUUGACUUUGAGUGGUGACCAAGAAGCUGAUGGUCACUCUAGUUGAGCUUCAUAUUCAUAUAUGCAGAUGGGAGAAACUUACAGAAGGACAAACAUCUCUGCAACACUGAACCGAUUUGGGCUUUAUGGCCGUGUGGCCAAACUCAAUCGUCCUCUCAGUGAAGACACAUGUAAAACCCACUUGGAAUUUGCAAAAAAAGCACAUAAAGGACCCUCAGACUGUGAGAAACAAGAUUCUAUGGUCUGAUGAACCUACAUUCCAUGCAUCAUGUUUAAAGCAUUGCUCAUCACCUGCAGAGUAGCAUCCCAAAAGUAAAGUGUGCUGGUAGCAGCCAGCUGUGGCUGCUAUCAGGCUGUGGGGCUGUUUUUCAGCGGCAGGGACUGAAAAACUUGUCAGAGUAGAAGGUAAGCUUAGUGCACCAAAAUAUUGACCUUAAUUAAAACCCAGCAUUCAGAACCUCAGACUGGGCGGAAGGUUCACCUAAGCUAAGUCUAAGCACACAGCGAGAGUGGCUUAUAGCUUUGGCUUGAACGCAAUCAAAGGUCCUUCAACUAAGUACUGAGUAAUACUUAUGCAAUGUACUUAUUUCGGUGCUUCAUUUUUAAUAAAUUUGCAAAGUUGUCACAAAUCUGUCUUUUGUCAUAUAUAAGUGUAAAUUGGUGUUGGAAAUUUAAAGCAUUUAAAGCAGUUUAACAUAAGACUGCAACAAAACAUAAAGUUACAAAAAAUGAAGGGGUAUGAAUACUUUCACAAGGCAGUAUAUUUCAUUAGAUACGGUUAAAUGUCCAAAUGUAUUUCAUAUGUCUUUUAGAUGUAUUUGAGCACUUGGUGAUUGCUGGCAGAUGCAACACAAACAAGAUACAUGAUUACUCAUGACAAGAAAGGAGUUUGGCAGCUUUCAGGUAUUUUAGUGGCACGUUAACAUGUUUGGUGCUCCUUCUAUAAAUGUUGUUUUCAUAUCUUCCUAACCCUAAGUGCUGACGUUUUAUUGCAUUUAUAAUGGCAUACAAUAAACAGACAAAACCCUCAGAUGAUAACUGUCAACGUCAGGAGGACUAAAUACAUUUUUAUGAGCGGUUUUAUUUUCGAUUCAGUUUUCUUCCUUUUUUCGUUCUGUAACAAACUGUUUCUAGCAAAGUUUAUAGCAAUAAACAUUAAAGUAACAUCAC